GAAGGAAAGAAGAGGGGAAGGAGGUAAAGAAGGAAGGAGGGAGGGAAGGAAGGAAGGAAAGAAGGACGGAGGGAAGGCAGGCAGGGAAGGAGGGAGGCGUCUGGGAGCCCCGGAGGAGGAAGCCCAGGGUGUCUUGGGGCGAAAGGGCUCCUCUGUCUCUCCUCAGGCAAGGCAGCAGUGGGUUUUUCUUGCGCCAAGGCUUUGCACCCCCCCAUCCCUCUCCAAAGCAGAAAGAAAGAAAGAAAGAAAAGAAAGAAGAGGAGGAGGGCAGUAGCUUUGGCUCCCCCCUCCGGCUGCGAGGGCGGAGGAAGAGCCGGAGCCCGCCCUUCCUAGGAAGCCCUGGUGUCGUGUGUGGUGUGUGUUUGUGAGGAGAGGAACUCGCGGACUGAGGGUCCGCUCGGGGCUGGGAUCCGGUGCCAAGGGUUGGAAGGAAGGACUCCCUUCGGUGGCCAAGUGUUCGCCCUCCAGGAGUCGGCCUGAGUGCCUGAGUUAGCCAGCCAGAGCAAGAGGAGGAAGAGGGGACCCUUGGAGUGAGCCUCAUCAACUGGAGCUCAGCUGACUGGCCGCAAGGCCAUCCAGAAGGAGAAAGAGAGGCUCCCAGCUGGGGCUCCCAAUGGAGGAAGAGGAGGAGGUGGCAGCGGUGGGCCAGGAGUGGCAAGGGGUGGCCCAGAAGAGGAAGGCCUGGGCAAAGAGCCGGGACUCCUGGCAAGCCUCCGAAGCCGAGCGGCCCUCACCAGAAGCCCCCGAGCAAGAGGUGGCCCCGGGCAAGUUGCCCUUGGCUGCCGAAGGAGGCAAUAUUCCAAAUGAAAAGAUUGCAAUAUGGCUUAAAGACUGUAGAACACCACUGGGAGCCUCCCUGGAUGAGCAGAGUAACCCUACAUUAAGGGGCAUGCUGAUGAAAAAUGGUGGAAGCUUUGAAGAUGAUUUAUCACUGGGAGCAGAAGCUAAUCAAUUGCAUCAAAGCAGUGAACAAAUGGAAAUCUGUAAUGGUAUGUUGGCAAAGGACAAGAGGCUUCAGUUUCAUCAGAAAGGGAGAAGUAUGAACUCCACUGGCUCAGGGAAGAGCAGUGCAACUGUUUCAAGUGUGUCUGAAUUAUUGGAACUCUAUGAGGAAGAUCCUGAAGAAGUUCUCUAUAAUCUUGGAUUUGGCCGCGAUGAACCAGAUAUUGCUUCCAAGAUCCCAUCAAGGUUUUUUAAUUCAUCAUCCUUUGCCAGAGGAAUAGAUAUCAAAGUGUUUCUGAAUGCUCAGCUGCAACGAAUGGAGGUGGAAAAUCCCAAUUUUGCCUUGACAAGUCGCUUUCGUCAAAUUGAAGUGCUUACUACUGUGGCCAAUGCAUUCUCUUCCUUGUACUCCCAAGUUUCUGGCACUCCAUUGCAGAAGAUUGGGAGCAUGAAUUCAACAGCUUCCAACAAAGAGGCAUCCAGCCCUCCUCCUCUAACACGAAGCAACACAGCAAGUCGUUUAAUGAAGACCUUAUCUAAACUCAAUCUUUGUGGGAACCCACAGACAGGGGAAGGUGGUAACCCAACAACACCCUCCCCAAUUGACUUGCGAAAAAUUGAAAAUGGGAGUGAAGAAUCUGAGGUUAAAAAUGAACCCAAAACUCCAAAACACUUCAAGGCAUCUCUGCUGGCUACAGUGAAAGAGGAGGUACCUAGCAAUCAACCCAUUACUGAGGGAGCUCAUAAGCCUUCAGAACUCUUUGUGAGCACGAAUGUUGAACAGGAAACACAAGACAACGCUGCACCUCAUGAAGAUGGGCACAGUGCUGACUCUCUGGGACAUUCAGAAAAAUCUGCUGAUAUAAAUUCCUCUGGACUUGAAAGUGAGGUUCUGGAAUCAACCAGGUGUGGGCCAGAAGGAAGCAGUAAAUUACACGUUUCUUCUGCUUCCACAGUGGAUAAAGAGCCCUGUGUUCCAAUAGCAAACCCAUCUAUUGUUAAUCUCAUGUUGCAGCAGAAGGACUCCUUUGAGAUGGAGGAGAUCCAAAGCACAGAGGGAGAGAUUCCACAUACCCCUAAUACAGGCCAGCUGGCUUUAACCAAAACUAAGAAAGGACAGAAAAAUGUGAACAAUGGCUGCUGUCUCACUACCAGUAGAAAUUUCACAAACCAGCUUUUACGUUCAGCAAGUCAGCAUUCUGACAGCAGUGGUUUUGCAGAAGAUUCUUCUACAGACUGCUUCUUGCUAAAUCAGCCGCAGGGACACGAAUCCUUACAGGCCAUGGGAAGCAGUGCUGAUAGCUGUGACAGUGAGACAACUGUUACAUCUUACAGUGAAGAACUCAAGACGCCAGUCGCUGAACAAGAGCUUUAUUUUAAUGAGCUUGAGGAGGAGAACUUCCUCCUCUCAGAAGUGGAGCAACGGAAGAGGGAGAUGGUUUCUGAGGUGAAUGCUGGACAAAGCCAGAAAAUGCUAGAAUGUGCAACUGAGAGUGGGGGAAGUGCAGAAUUUGGCAGUGAAGACUUUGUUCGAAGGAAUGAAGAAUCCUCUGCAUGGGAGGCAGAAGCUGAUGUUUUGGAGGAAGGCAGCGAAGACAGUGAUGCAGAUAAAAGCAGCGAACAUGAAUUCCCACCGUAUAAAACUCAUCACAUUCUUAAAUCAAUGUCAUCUAUAGAAAGCAGCAGUUCAUCUCCUUCCUCUGCAGAACGGGUUAGCAUUGCUUUGCAGAGAGCUCAGAGGCGGAUCAGUGCUUCAUCUGAUUCCAGAGCUGGCCGCAGUCUCUUGAAAUCAAAAGACCUUCUUCUGAAGCAAAGGCACCGAAUCGCUGACCUGGGUUAUCCUCUGAGGCGCUCCCAGUCCUUACCAACCACGCUCUUAAAUCCAGUGAGAGUCGUUUCAUCUGUAAAUGUCCAGCUAGCUCCAGGAAGGCAAACUCUGUGUGGCCCUCCUUCUUUUACUUACAAAUAUGACACACCUGAAGAGAGUGAGACGAAGGAGAAGGAAGAAGAGAGACACAUCAGCGAGGCCAACAGCAGUUCCCCCAGGUGUACAUCUACACUUUUCAUUGCUCCUUCCACUCAGAGGAGAGACCCUUCUCAUCCUUCAGCAAACAAGGUGGUGGAGGAGCCUUGCCGGAGCAGGAUACAGAGUUGCCCUCUGCAUCUCCCAACACCUAUGACUCAGUCAUCCUGUUCUCUCCAUUCACUCCAUUCUGAUUGCCUGGACAGGCCCUUAUGUGCCCACAUGAGGACAUUUAGUACGCACAGCAUCCCAAGCACUCCUGGCUCCUCCUGCAGUGGACUCCCUUCCCCUUUUGGCUGUCCUCACUCACUGAGACACUUUGGGCACCCCUAUCAGCUUUCUACCAUGAACUCACCCUCUACUGUUGAAAUGCAACUAAGGAGAGUCUUGCAUGAUAUCAGAAGCUCUUUGCAAAACCUUUCACAGAAUGCUGUGAUGAGAGGCCAUGAUGUUACUGCAACCUCUUACAGUACUCAAAGAUCAUCCAUUCUACCUCUUUAUGAAAAUACCUUCCAAGAUCUUCAAGGGGUGAGAAGGAACCUCAACCUAUUCAGAACUCAGAUGAUGGAUUUAGAAUUGGCCAUGUUGCGUCAGCAGACAACAGUUUAUCAGCAUAUGACGGAAGAAGAGAGAUACGAAGCCGAUCAACUGCAAAGUCUGAGAAAAUCUGUCCGGAUGGAGCUUCAAGAAUUAGAAAUGCAAUUAGAGGAGCGUCUCCUUGCACUUGAAGACCAGCUCAGAAGUAUGCACGUGUCUUCACCUUUCAGGCAACAGACACUCAUGGGCAUGUAUGGAGGCAGAAGUGCUGAAAAUUUGUCAUGUCCUUCUCCAGUGAAUGUGAUAGAGCCAGUUUCUGAACUCAUUAGGGAGCAGUCCUAUCUGAAGUCAGAAUUGGGAAUGGGACUGGGAGAACCAGGAAUGGAGACUCCUCCAGCAGAGGGCUCAGAAGCAGCAUUUGACCAUGGUGGAAAUUCUGAUUCUUCUUCCGUGUGUUCUAGUCAAGCCAGUAGAAAAGCUGUUGCUCAUUCAUCGGAAACAACUAAGCCCAAGCCCCAUGGCAAAAGAGUCUAUCGGGCAUGCGUGGCUUUGAUGCCCUCUCCACCAGCAAGAGCGGGAACAGGGCAGCCGCCAGAGCACUCUGAACAGCAGCCAGUAUCUAUGCGUGAGGCUGAGCAGAAACUUGAAAAAACUCCUCUUGCUCCUACAACAGAAGAAAUUCACAGGAGCGUGGAAAAUGACGAAUUGCAGCAAGUCAUCCGAGAGAUCAAAGAAUCUAUUGUUGGUGAGAUCAGAAGGGAGAUUGUCAGUGGACUGUUAGCAGCUGUCUCUUCCCCUAGCAGAUCUGCUAACACUAAGCAAGAAAUGCAACCUUGAAUCGGUACUACAGGUUGUCAUGUGGUCCAGACACACUGUACCCUUCCCCAUUUUGGAGCAUGUGUGUCUAUACUCUGGGGGACAAAAGCAAUGGAUACUGUAUACAAUCCACAGUUGUAUGUUAUGCAACGCCUGACUUUCUGCCCCUCUGCUGUGACCUGGACUCUUCACCUUACUACUGCCCAUGAAUUUUCAAGAGAACUAUAGCUAUUGCAAGCCUUAAUAUUUAUUUGGAUGUUCCUACUGUUCAUUUGUGCAGAGCUCAUAUUUCUUGAUAGAGGCAUUCCUUGUAAGACUUGAAGACUUCUGAACCUACCCUACUUCAGUUAUAAAUAGUCUAGGAUUGAUUGGUUUUUUUAAUCAACUUCAGCAGCAAUAAAAUCUCCCACUGACCUCUGUGAGGUAUUUAACUGUGCAAUAAUUGGUCCAUUCUGAGAGCUUGAAAUAACUAUUUCUACUGCUGUUACUGAGUGCCACUUCAAAAGAAGAGGAUAACCUGUUGUAAAAAAUGUUAUCUCUUGGAAGAAAUUCUUGUUUCUAAAAUGUAGAGAAUUAUAUGAACUCACAUAAAACUACUAAAGAUGCUUACACUGAAAGACUUUAUCUUUCUUAAAAUAAUAAUAAUGUUCUGUUUCUUUAAUUUUCCUUUUUCUUCUCUGUGCCUUGUCUUCGUUUCAUUUUGUUUUGUUUUUAAAAAAACAACCCUUAAUAUAUAUUAACUACUCAGAUAUAUAAGGAGGUGGCAUUUUUAUUAAAAUGUCUUUAAAACACUAGUUUAAAAAAGUGGUAUGUAACUUGGAAAUGAAUGGUUUGGUAGUUGUUACAGGGAAGAUGGAAGGAACUAGUUCCCUUUCCCUUCUCUGCAGUUUUCCUGCAGCCUUGAGGAAAAGGCAUUUAUUGCUACAGAUGUAAAGAUCAGAAGCAUGUACGCAGAUUUCUUGAUGUACAGCUUUCAAGCUAUGGCUACUACAACAAUGUUUCUAUACCACUGGGAUUUCUUUCUUUUUAAGAUGGUUGUUUCCAGAUCAUAAAAAUGUUCUGAUUGUGUUGAAGACACAAUCAAUGACUUUUAAAAUCCUAACAAUAUUGUAUGAAAAAAUUGUCAAGGAGCUGCGUUUCCCUGGAAUAUACACAAGCUCUGAUCUCUUUAUAAAAGAGAGUGUUAAUGCCAAUAAAAUUAUUUAUUUUGCCUAGA